AUGAACAGCAUUAAAUUUUCUACUAGCCUUAUCAGAACGCUGUACAAUAACAACAAAUAUGCCUUACUUUGUUAUGAAAGUCAAAAGUUAAGUGUACAGUGGCAUUUCGAGCAUACAAAGCGAUCAUUGCUUAAGAAUUAUCAAAAAAGAUUCUGUUCGACCUCAAAUAAUGACAAUGGAAGUUUUCCUGCCAGUAAAAAAUUAGUUAAGGAUGAAUUAAAGGCCUAUUUUGAACACAAUAAAGAACGUUUAAAAGACACAAACAUUAGGUUUAAGGAAAAAAGAGAUGUUAUCAUACAGGAUAUCAAGGAGACUAGAGAUAAAGUUAAAUCUAAAGUAGAAGAAGUCAUAGAAAGGGAAAAUGUGUACACGAUCCCAAAUUUUUUGUGUGUUGCAAGAAUUGCGAUGUCUCCUUACCUAGGCUACCUCAUAGUGCAGGGUGACUUUAACUAUGCUUUGGGAGUCAUGGGCUUAGCAGCUUUGACCGAUUUGCUAGAUGGGUGGAUUGCCAGAACAUGGACGAGCCAGUCAUCAAAGAUGGGCAGUUUUCUGGAUCCCAUGGCUGAUAAAAUAUUAAUCGGGACGCUUUUUUUAACCUUAACUUACGCCGAUUUAAUCCCAAUAGCGCUGACUGGUUUAAUCAUACUUCGGGACGUUAUGUUGGUAGCUGCAGGGUUUGUUAUUCGGUACAUGUCACUUCCACCACCGAGGACGUUAAGUCGGUACUUCGACGUUACUCAUGCUACAGCCCAGUUGGCGCCCACUUUUAUUAGUAAAGUUAAUACUGCAGUUCAGUUGCUUUUAGUUGGGUCCACUUUGGCGGCACCCGUUUUUGAUUAUGUAGGGCAUCCAGCCUUAGAGGGAUUAGUGUAUGUCACAGGUGCUACCACAAUAGCUGCUGCCUUGAGUUACAUUCUAUCCAAAAAUACAUAUAAAUUCCUCAGAAACCAACAAAUGCCAAAAUAA